AUGAAGAACACGGGAGAAGGAGAGGACAGCACUACCCUGAUCGCCAUGUCUGAACUACCUGACAAAAACUAUGGAAGCAUUAGCCCAGCCGAAGACAAGAAUGUAUUUAGUGAUGGAGUCACACGUCUUGAUUUCGUGCUGGUAUGGGAAGAGUCUUCGGCUCAGUCAAAACCUAUUGAACCAGAAGAUAAAUUGGCUCGCACCACAGAAGCUAUUCACCAAAAGUGGAGAAAAGAGUUCCUGUCCAAACUGAAAAUCUCUGGUCUGCAGCAGGAGAUGAAAGAAGUUGUACAAGGUAGAAAGAAAACAACAUAUGUUCUCUUGAACGCCCCCUGGAGUGUGCUAUGUUAUUACGCUGAGGAGAUUGGCCUUCGAGUUCCACUACAGGUUGAGACAACUCAAGAGUCCAACUGGUCAGAGACAGUACUGAGCAAGUUACACAUUCCUAACAUCUUAGCCCAGCAAGUACCUAACCCUCCACCGGAUUACUACACCUGCCAGUUCCGUCCUAACAAGCUUGAGAGGUUUCUUGGCCAUGAAAACAAGGACACUUUCUUCAAGAUAACACAGAGGCAUCAAAUUGUAUAUGAAAUAUUAGCAAGCACGCAAUUUGGGGCAUUGAAAAAUGGAGAGGUUGGAAUAGCCAGGCUAGUGAAAGAAAAUGUAUUUACUGCCGCCUAUCCCUUACACGAGGGUCAGUUUGAGAUGCCUACAGGUCCAGUAAAUCCUGAGAGUCUGAGCACGAGGCAGAUCUUACAUCACUACUGGGCAAGAUGGGGCUGCUGGAAAAAUUAUCAGCCCCUGGAUCACAUCCGUGAAUAUUUUGGCGAGAAGAUCGCCCUCUACUUUGCAUGGUUAGGUUUUUACACAGGCUGGUUACUUCCUGCUGCAGUAAUGGGCAUCAUCUUAUCUGUGUUUGGGAUCUGGCUUAUGAUCACUGACGUUCCAGCGCAGGAAGUUUGCAACAAAGAUAACAACAUUGUCAUGUGUCCAACCUGCACCAUCUGCAAAUAUUGGAAUCUCUCCAGCAUCUGCCAUUACUACAGAGCAGGCUUACUAUUUGACAAUGGAGGAACUGUUUUCUUCAGUAUCUUCAUGUCCCUGUGGGCGGUCACCUUUCUGGAGUACUGGAAACGUACCUGCUCUGUCCUGUCCCAUAAGUGGGACUGCUCUGAGUUCGAGGAAAUUGAAGAAAGACCUAGGCCAGAGUUUGCUGCGGUGGCCCCCAUGACUAUCCGUAAUCCUAUUACUGGGGCAGAAGAGCCACAUUUCCCAGAGAUUAGCCGCUUCCGGCGCAUCGUUACUGGCAGCAUGGUCGUCAUCCUGAUGGUCGCAGUAGUUCUGAUGUGUCUGUUAGGGAUUAUCCUAUACCGGACUAUCCUGAGCAUGAUCAUCUACCAAUCAGUGGAUGAAUUCUUUAUUUUCUCUGCUGGAAAAAUAGCAAGUCUCUCUAGCUCAGUGUUAAACUUGGUGGUAAUUAUGAUUCUGUCUAAGUUCUACACAUUCCUGGCCUACAAACUGACUCAAUGGGAAAUGCAUCGUACUCAGACCACAUAUGAAGAUGCUUUCAUCCUUAAAGUGUUCAUUUUCCAGUUUGUCAACUUCUACUCUUCUCCUGUUUACAUAGCAUUUUUUAAAGGAAGGUUUGUUGGAUACCCUGGGAACUAUACUACACUUUUUGAGAUUCGAAAUGAAGAUUGUGGUGCUUCAGGAUGUCUCAUUGAGCUUGCUCAAGAGCUGUUAAUCAUCAUGGUUGGCAAACAACUCAUCAACAAUGUUCAGGAAUUUCUUCUUCCUAAGUUAAAAGCCUGGUGGCACAAGCGGAAACUCCGUCCAGCUGAAAAUGAAAAUGGAGAAAAACAGCAAGAAAGUGUGGCACCCUGGGAAAGGGAUUAUGAACUGUUGGUGUGUGAGGGACUGUUUGAUGAGUAUCUGGAAAUGGUUCUGCAGUUUGGUUUUAUUACAAUUUUUGUGGCUGCCUGUCCCUUGGCACCACUUUUUGCCUUGGUCAACAACUGGAUUGAGGUACGUCUGGAUGCACAGAAAUUUGUGUGUGAGUAUCGGAGACCAGUGGCAGAGAGGGUGCAGGACAUCGGGAUAUGGUUCACAAUCCUACAAGUCAUCAGUUAUUUGGCUGUGAUUAGCAAUGCUUUCCUGAUUGCUUUUACAUCUGACUUCCUGCCUCGUCUCUAUUACCGCUACACCACUGAGGGGACUCUGAAAGGCUACAUCAAUUUCACACUCUCUGUCGCACCCAACAACUUUACACAAAGUGAAAUGCAGUGCUGGUAUCGAGGUUCACGAGAUGAGAAAGGACGUUACACUUCUGAUUUCUACAAUCUGUUGGCUGUUCGGCUUGGUUUUGUCAUUAUAUUUGAGCAUGUAGUAUUUCUGAUUAGUCGCAUGAUUGAUUGGAUGGUUCCGGAUAUUCCAGAAGAGGUGGAGAUCAAGAUCAAAAGAGAGCACUACAUGGCUAAAAAAGCACUGACUGAGAAUCAGACCCUAGAAGCAGUUUUAGAGGCAUCGGAUCUCCGAUGGAGAGGAAAAUCGCGGAGUCCCACAGCCUCACCUCGUGAAACUGACUCCCCUGGGUCAAGUGGGACUCUAGCAUCUGAUGACUAACCUUCAUUCUGACUUUUUAUCCACUGAUUUUGACAGAUUGGUGAUAAAAAAUUGGAUUUAUUAUUGAUACCUGAAACAGGAUGACACAGUGGUUAAUGUAUAAUAUUAUCACAUCACCAUAACCUGUCAAAACUACCAGUUUGACCAU